ACUUUGCAUAGUAAUAAUUUAGUAUUAUUACGCUAGUGAUUUACUAGUUUUAAGUUUACUCAUCAGAGAGCGCAACAAACGCGAGAGUAACAUUUUUUUUGGACAGGCAGUUCAACAAAUUUCUUUUUCAUCAUUGAAAAUGUUACAGAAUAAAGUUAUAAAAAUUGGUACACAUGACGGUACGUUCCAUUGUGAUGAAGCUCUUGCUAUUUUUUUAUUGAAACUUUUACCUAAAUAUAAAGAUGGAGUUAUCGUAAGAUCACGUAAUCUUGAUAUUUUAGAUACUUGUGAUAUUGUUGUAGACGUUGGUAGCAAAUAUGAUCCUUCUACUCAUCGAUAUGAUCAUCAUAUGAGUGAUUUUAAUGAAUCAUUAAGUACGAUUAUACAUGAAGCUGGAUGCAACAGUACAAUUAGGUUAAGCAGUGCAGGAUUAAUUUAUUGUCAUUUUGGUCAUGAAAUAAUUAAACAAUUGGCUCCUGUAGAUACAAGCGAUGAUACUAUCAAAGUAUUAUUUAAGUCAAUAUAUUAUAAGUUAAUACAAGAAAUUGAUGCUAUAGAUAAUGGAAUACCAAUGUUUGAUCAAGAACCUCUUUACAACAUAUCAACAGGAAUAUCUUCAAGAGUAGAUAGAUUAAAUGUUUCUUGGAAUGAUGAAAAAACAGAUGUUGGUGCACAAUUUCAGAAAGCCAUUGAUUUAGUUGGAGAAGAAUUUAUGUAUGCCGUACAUAAUUGUAUAAAUGUAUGGUUGCCAGCAAGAUGUAUCGUAGAAAAUGCUUUAGCAAAAAGAUUUCAAAUCGAUAAAAGUGGGGAAAUCAUAGAUCUAGGAAAGUUCAUACCAUGGCAGCAACAUUUAACAGAGUUAGAAGAGGAGCAAAAUAUAGAACCUCUUAUAAAAUAUGUAAUCUUUAAAGAUGUAAAAACUGGAUAUAGAAUUAGAGCAGUUCCUGUAAAACCAUCAAGCUUUGUGUGCAGGAUGUUUUUGCCAGAAGAAUGGGCAGGUUUAAGAACAGAAGAUCUUGAAGCGAUCAGUGGAAUUAGUGGUAGCGAAUUUGUACAUUUUUGUCGUUUUAUCGGAGGUCACAAAACUAGAGAAGGUGCAUUAGAGAUGGCAAGAAAAGCUCUAGAAAUAGGAAAAAGUCAAAAUAACGUUUAGUAAAUUCAUAUUUUAUGAAUUCCUAACUUUAAGAAUUAUAAAUAAAUCACUUUAUGAGAAUGA